AUGGAGCGCCUGGAGCGCGAGUACGCGCGGCUCUGCGCGGCCCCUCAGGAGGCGGUGCUGCGGCGCCUGCGGGAGCUGCCCGGGCCGCGGGGCCGCCUGGAGCUGGCGGGGCACAGCCUCUCCCUGCAGACGUGCGCUGCCCUGGCCCGGCUGCUCCCCGGCGCCGCGCCCUUGGCCGCGCUGGCCCUCGGCGACUGCGGCUUGAGCGAGGAAGGUGUAAGACUUUUGUUGCAUGGUCUUUGCUCCAACACCACAGUCAAAUCUUUGGAUCUGAAGGGAAAUAACCUACGAACCGAGGGAGCUGAGGCUUUGGGAAAACUUCUUAGGCAGAACAAAUCCAUCAGGAGCCUAACCUUAGAAUGGAACAGCCUUGGCCUGUGGGAGGAGGGCUUCUCUUUUUUCUGCCAAGGACUGAGAGCAAACAACUGUCUUCAGCAGCUGGAUCUGCGCAAUAACCAGAUUAACCACCAAGGGGCUGGAGAGCUGGCCAUGGCACUGACACAAAAUGCCAGCCUUCAGGAGCUGGAUUUGCGAUGGAAUAACAUUGGGCUUCUUGGUGGUCGAGCUUUGCUGAACUGCCUGCACAGCAACAAGACCCUGAAGAGGCUGGAGCUUGCAGGGAACAAYGUUCCUGGUGACAUCCUGAAAGCUGUGGAACAAGCCUUGGAUCACAACCAAGACCGUGAGGCUAUCCUGARUGAGGCCCAGAACCAAGUGAACAUCCUCAGCAAGGAGCUUUUGAGUCUGAAGGAUGAGAAGAACAAGCAGUUCAUGGAUUUUGUGGACACUGUAGACAAGCAGAAAGAAGAAAAAGCCAGGAGUGAAAGAACGUCUGCAGCACGAGUCAGCCAGCUACAGGAAGCAUUGGAUGAACAGUACUCCAUUAUGAAUUCUUUGAAAACCAAGCUGCAGAUGACUGAAGCUGCCCUGGCUCUGUCUGAGCAGAAGGUGCACAACUUGGGAGAGCUGCUGAAUGCCAUGAAACAGGAACAGAACAGUGUGGCUGAGUGCCACUUCAAGCAACUCCAGCAACAAAAGCAGGAAAGUGCUGAUCGGGAAGGGAAGCUUCUGCAUGACUUGUCUGCCGCUGAUGAGAAAAAUCUGCUGCUGAGAAACCAGGUGGAUGAGUUGGAAAGGAAGUGCAAAGUUCAGCAGGAUCAGCUGUUCCAGGUAAAACAAGACUUGACGAGUACAACGGCAGAACUGAAGCUGCGGGCUGUGCAGGCUGAAGAACGUCUGGAAAUGGAGAAGAGAAGAUUUAAACAAAGCCUUGAAGAYGUGGAAUCCCUUCGGGUAAAAGAGGUGGAUCGUAUGACACAGCACAUGGAGGCCAGUGAGCAUUCCAUGCAGAACAGGAUCCAGAGGCUGGAGGCCAUCAGGAUAUCUCUGGAGGAGGAGCUGAGCCAAGUAAAAGCAGCUGCCCUCAGUGAGCGAGGACAGGCAGAAGAGGAGUUAAUGAAGGUCCGGAGUCAGGCACGCUUGGAGGAGCAGCAGCGACUAGAACACCUAAAAGAGAAGCUGCGGUUGAUGACUGAGUCGAGGGACGAAGCUCAGAACUGCUGCCUUAAGCAAAAAGAAAUGGUUGCUGAGGCCCAGGCUAAAGCCAAACAGUUGARCCUGUAUGCUGAUGGACUCAGGAGGCGGCUGGAUGAACUUCAGCAGGACCUUGACAGUAAGGAAGAGGAGAAAGUGGCAGAGCUAAAUAAGGUGAAAGUGGAAUUGCAGGAGCAGAUUGGGCACCUGGAGGCUGAACGYGCAGCACAGGAUGGGCUGAGAGAGAAGAUUGCAGCUCUGGAAAGACAACUGAAAGCCCUGUCCAGUAAUCACCGUGAAGCACUGCUGGACAAAGAAGGUGAGAUCUCUCUGCUGCUGGAGAAGCUGAGAAUGAAAGAGGCCGAGAUCUCCAGGAUGAGGGAAGAGGAGGCCCAGCGAGCAAGUUUCUUGCAGAAUGCCAUCAUGGUGUAUGUGCAGGGAUCUCCCUUGGGAGCCCACAGUUCUAGGAGGUGAAAGUGUGACAUAAAGGAUCCAAUUACCUGCUGGCAGGGAAAGGGUGAGUAACUCAGGUACAACACCUUCCUAAAUGAGGUGGUUUUCUCAGAGUGGAAUGACACAAAGGCUUGCAAACAGAAAAUUGCUGUUGCUGUUCAGAAAUCAUCCUCCUGACAACAUAAAGGAGAGGAGGAAGCAACCAUCCAGGCUCAUGGGUCUGCGUCUAUGAUGCCUUUUCCCCUGCACUGCCACAGCCUGUUGGUGCAGGGGUUUACUGGUUACUGGGGGGUUUCUAUGKUCCCUGGGGGGUUCUGCUGCACCUUCUGUUUGGAUGCCAGGGCUGUUCAUAGAGAUCGAAGGUGCCAGGAGUGUUUACAGUUCCCUGUGGGCCAGAGCAAUUUGCUUUGCUUGUGGGAUCCUGAAACUGCUGGAAACACCAGAUGCUACCCACUUGUGCUUUUUCACCCAGUCUUUACAGAUGGAAGCAGAGUCUGACAGGGCCCUCUCUGGCUCAUUUACCCUCCCUGCUGUGGCUCUUGCUGUAUUGGUGGGCAGUAGAUACGCAUUUGGCAUAGACAAAAACAGCUGUACCAAGGGACUUUGGUGGCAGCACUGUCCAUAUCCUGGUAGCACAGCUGGGCUUUACCUGUGGUUAAACUUUUACAAGACUGAGUGGUAGGGGAAGGGCGAAUGGGUGAUCAGGUGUCAACAUCUGUGCUUCUUCACUGUGAACUUCAACACUUAGCUGAAGAUGUUGUGGCCAGUAUUGCAAGAGGAUUUCAUUUCAUUAUGGCAAAUGGCAAAACUGUUCUGGCUUCUCAGGCUCCUGGAACUGAGUGCUUUGGCCUUAACCUGGAGAGGAGUGAUGCUUCUGGCUUGACACUGGGGAAUUGGUUCUUACAGCACAAAGGGGAGAAAGAAGGUGCUUCGUUUCCUGGCAGCACAAGUCCUUGCAUGAUCUGGAGAAAGGGAAGGGUUAGGAGAGUCUCAGAGAAAGCAGGAACUGCUGUCAUGCUUUAAGACCAUCAAGCAACUCCGCCGUGGGAGCAUAUCUUGGAGUACAUAUUUUAAGAGGCACCUGGAAAAUGAAAGUUUCUGUAUGGACUGGUUGGUUCGUGUUUAUGGUUUUUUAUAUAAGGUUUCAUCUCCUUUUUUAAUAAACUUUUGCACUUUGCCGUUAA